ACUAAUGCUUAAAUUCAAGUCUGUUUUUCUUUUGAAGCAAACUUACAAGAUCGAAAAUUAUCUAGUGUUGUAAACAUUAUACAUUUUGUUUGAUAUUAUGCAGUUUUUGAAAUCUAAAAUAAAAUUAUAUUGUGCUUCAUUUGUGAAAAUAUUCCUCACAAACUCUAUGAAUGAUUUUUUACAUUAAUCCAGAAAUUAUAGCAUUCACCUUUAGGUUUGAAAGAUUGGUAAAAUGGCUCUUUGAUGCAUGCAUAUGAUGGCAGUUUACAUCCGACGCAGACAUCUUUUGUUUCUUCUUGCAGCGUUCUAUUUUACUUAUCUGCUUCUCUAUUUAUAUAUUUUAGAUAAUAGUUUGAGAACUCUAAGUGAGUUGUUAGAAAUCAAUGAACUGUUUUCCUUUAAUAAGAAUCCUAAGAAUAGGAUAUUUGAAAAAGUGUUUGACUAUAUUGAAACAAACGAAAUUAUCUCAUCCAAGGAAACGGAUAACGAUUUCUCUUCGAGAGAAGAUCAAUAUUUUGAUGGUAGCCCAGGAUCAUAUAAUGGUCAGUUAAAAAAACCAAUGUAUUUAAAAGAAUAUGAAGGACCAUACCGUGAAGAUAAUAUUAUAGAACCAGAGAAGAAAAAUGAAACAUAUUCAUUACUACUGAAAUUAAACAUCAAUAAAAAUUUUCCUCGUUCUUAUUUUAAGGACAUUACUUUAGAAUCAGAAAACAAUGAACAAUAUUCAUCGGUGAGGAAAUUAAAUGCUCUUCCUAAUAAUGUACAAGGGAAUAUUCAGAAAAAGAUUGUAUCUCACUCGGAAGACAUUGCAUCAGAACCACAGAUCAACGUUCAAUAUUCCUCAAAAAGGAAAAUAGAAAAUCAUCAGAAAGAAGACGCAUCUAAGAUAUUCAAUAUGUCACCUACAAUAUCAUUGAUUAAUGAUAUAAAAAUCAAACAAAUGCAUUGGACUUCAGAAAAAUUAGAAAACCUCAUGCUUGAAAAAUUAGUUACACAUUCACCACAACCACUUGAAUCAAAAGUUCUUUUUAGGCUUAAAACAGUUUCCCAAAAAGUGCACAAUACCAUAUCCUCUUUGCAAUCUUUUUUUAAUACUACGACUAAAAAGCAAAAUUCAAAGUCAAACAGUGAUAUUUUAUCUAUAAAUGCAGUAACAUUGCCUCAAAACAUUAUAUUGAGCAGAAACAAUACAACUCCUUCCGAAAAAGAUGUUUCUGUACUAAAACCUAUUCCAAAACCGAAGAAAGAUCCUAAUUUUAUAAUCGACACCAAAGGAUGCAAAAUACCAAAAAUGAGUCCUUGGGACUCGACAAUAUUGCACCUCAUUCAGUUACAUAAUCCUUUAAAGUGCUCUAAUAUUCCUUUAUUUAUGACACCAGAGCCAAAUGGAAUUAUCCAUUUAAAUGUAUCAGUAUUAGAACAGUAUUACAAUACUACAGUUGAUGAGCUGAAAUGUUAUUACCAAGCAAUCUAUCGCAAACAUGAAGAUCCUGGUAACGUCAGGGAAAAUGAUUACUUUGUGAGUGAAGUUCAGAACUUGAUAUUUAAUAGUCCAAUGCAAGAUGAAUAUGUUGCUGCCAAAUGUUUCUUCCCAAAUAAUUACACUCACGAGCAAUACUUUCCUUUGGUUAGGAUUAAGAAAGAUGUAGAAGAAACAAAAUCGAAAAUCACGCCACCAAGUCCAUUGAACGUUAUACUUUUAGGAAUUGAUUCCGUGUCAAAAUUAAACUUUUUAAGACAUUUUAUGCGCACAAAAUCAUUCCUCAAAGAUAAAAUGAGAUCCUUUGAUAUGAAAGGAUAUACAAAAGUAGGAGAUAAUACAUUUCCGAAUUUGGUACCAUUACUCACCGGCCAUUUCGUUGAAUAUUAUUGGAACGAGUCUCUCAGAGAUACUUUUUUCUUCGAUAACAUCAGUUUGAUUUGGAAAGAAUAUGCCAAGAAUGGGUAUCGAACAUUUUAUGCUGAAGAUUCCCCUUUGUUUGGUACAUUUAACUACCUAAAGCGAGGAUUUUACGAUCCCCCAACUGAUUACUACUACAGACCCUUAGCGUUGGCCAUUGAAAACUCCAUGUUGAGGGCAAAAGCUAGGGUGACAAACUCACCAUGUUUAAACUCCGAAAUGGAGACAGAUCUUAUGUAUGACUACUUGAUUAAUUUUAUUAAAACGAUGGGAAAAAGACCCUAUUUUGCCUUUUGCAUGGUAUCUAUUCUCACGCAUGAUUUUUUAAAUAAAGCUGGUCGUAAUGAUGUUCCAGCUGUUAGAUUACUUCAGGCUCUAAAUGAUGAAGGCGCACUGAACUCAAGUGCCCUUGUGAUAUUCAGCGACCAUGGUUUACGAUUUGGGGAAAUUCGGCACACGUAUAUAGGGAAAUUUGAAGAACGGAUGCCGUUUAUGUAUGUACAUAUCCCCAAGUGGUUUCUUGAAAAACACCCGGAUGUUGAAAGAAGUCUAGCAAUAAACCAAGACCGUUUGGUAACUCUUUUUGAUGUACAUGCUACAAUGAAGCAUUUGCUCUACCUAGAUGACAAUCUCCAAGAUAAAACUGACGAACUUGGAAUUAGUCUUUUUAACGAGAUACCCGAAAAUAGAACUUGUGAAGAUGCACACAUUCACCAGCAUUGGUGUCCUUGCAACAAUUUCAACCAAAUAUCCAUAAACCAUCCGGCGAUUUCAAAUGUUUCCCGGUCUCUUGUAGAUCAUGUAAACGAACUUUUGCAACCUCAUGCUAAUGUUUGUGAAAUACUAGAAGUAGAUCAAGUAACCGACGCGCGAUUUGGAAUGCCUAAUAUGAAGGAUAUGGGUGUUCAAACAACGGAAUCUACAACAGGCGACUACUUAAUUACGCUGAUAGUGAAACCAGGGGGAGGAGUUUUCGAAGGAACUGUACGGUACUUUUCAAACAAUAUGACUUCAGAUGUGCUGGGUGUCAGCAGAAUCAGUGUCUAUGGUAAAACAUCUUGGUGUAUAGAUAGCCCCAAACUAAAACUUUAUUGCUAUUGUAAAACUCAACAGGAAUGACAUUUGUUAGCUUACAUAAAUCUCAUACUGAUGUUAGUGUUACUAUGGGUGAAGAGAAAAUAAUAAACGCACAAUUUGACAUGUCCAAUCUAAGUAAUUCAAUAAAUAUAAAAUCAAUAGCA